AUGUCAAAAAAAUCAUCACGACCAACAUCAGCUAUUUCUACAAAUGAAAGUAAUCAUAAUGAUUUUUCAAAACAAAUUUCUCAACGUCGAAAUAUUGAUCCAGAAUCACGUUCAUCCAUGAUUAGUCCAAUAGAUAUGCCAUCAUCAUAUGAUAUGUUUGAAUCAGGUCUUCCUAAAAGUAAUUCAACAACAAGUAUGCUUAGAAGUACAAUUGGUAAUGGCUAUGGUGGCACAUCAAGCAAUAUACCAUCAGCUUCAACUAAUGAAACUAUAUUAGAAAAAAUCUUACAAGAACGUCUUCUUCUUGUUCAACAAAUAGCUGAACUUAAUAAACAACAUGAAAUGACACAAGAAGAAUUGGCUAGUCUCGAAGCAAAUGCAUUACAACAGCGUAUAACAUAA